AUGACGGACGCGCCUCCGAAGACCCCCGGGGUCGCCGCGCAAGUGCGGACGUUCUUCACCGGCGAGUGCAAGAUUUUCAUCGCGAGCGCGUUCUACACGUCCGAGGCGCGCGAGCUCCCCGCGGGGUUGAAGCUCCCGCCGCACGUGUUCAUGCUCCGCGACCCGACGUACGGAGUCGCGUACGAGGGGUUCGAUCUGAAAGACGUCAAGGAAGGUUCCGUGAUCGAAGUUCGCGAUCCCGUGCUCGAGGGAGAAGCGGAAGCCGCCGCCGCGGAGGCUCGGUCGCUGCAGGCGGACCACAACGUCGGCCCGGCGAGCUACUUCACCGUCGACGCCGCGAGCGCGUUCGAUUUCAAGAGGGACCGGAAGAAGGAUCGAGAGGACGUCGUCGACGGCGGCGGCGGCGGCGGCGCCGCCGGCGGGGAAGACGGAACGUCAACCGACGCGGACGCCGGCGGCGAUGCGGCGGCGGCGCCCGCGGCCGCGGAGCCGCCGAAGAAGGACGAGGCGCUCGACGCCGCGCUGCUGUGGGCGAAGACGAAAUACGGAUGGCACGUCGAGCUGCCGCUGACGUUUAAAGAGAAGACGUGGCAAUUUCUGGACGACCCUAAGUCGUCGAAAGAGGCGAGGUACUUCACCGCGUUCACGCUGUUCAUCGUCAUCGUGUCCACGCUGACGUUCUGCCUCGAGACGCUGCCGCAGUACUACUCGCACGACGUCGACACGUCGAGCUCGUGGUUCGUGAUCGAGGCGAUCUGCGUCACGAUUUUCACGGCGGAGGUGGUGGCUCGAGUCGCGUCGACGCCGGACGUGAAGCUGUACUUCAAGCAGGUCAUGAACCAGAUCGACAUCGUCGCGAUUCUGCCCUUCUACCUCGAGCUCAUGGUCGCGCAGGCGUCCAUCCCGGGGCUGUCCGUGUUUCGCGUCGUGAGGCUCGUCCGCGUGUUUCGAAUGUUCAAAGUCUCGCGGUCGAGCGUCACGCUGUUCGUGAACACGAUGGCCAAGUCGAGCAAGGCGCUCUACAUGCUCAUCUUCUUCACCGCCAUCGCGACGAUCAUCUGCUCCUCUCUGGUGUACUACGCGGAGCGAGGGACGUACAACACCGAGCUCGAGAUGUGGAUGCGGCCGUACUUGUACUUUUGCGACGUCUUCGUCGACGCAAACACGGGCCCCGCGACGAAAUCGACCGCGACGUACACUCUGGAGAGCGGCUUAUCCGAACCGUGCGUGUGGAUCGACCCCGCGACGUACGCGACGAGUUACCCGAGCGUCAACUACCCGUCCGAGGCGAUGUUCUCGUGCCCGUACACGUACAAACGCAGCGACGACUGUUCGACGACGUACGAGCAGAGCCCGUUCGAUUCCAUCCCGAGCACGUUUUGGUGGUGCCUGGUCACGAUGACAACGGUUGGGUACGGCGACAUGUAUCCGACGCAGGCGUUGGGGAAGGCGCUCGCGGGGUGCGUGAUGAUCUUGGGGAUCAUCGUCAUCGCGCUGCCGAUCACGGUGAUCGGGUCUAACUUCGCGUUGACGUUUAAGCGGAUGGUUCUGGAGGACGAGGCGGCGAAGCAAGCCGCCGCGGAGGAGAACGAGGAGAACAGCGACGACGGCAGCGACGACGACCUCGACGGGACCGUCGACGAAGACGGCGUGUACCGCAGCCUGGACGGGGCGACGGCGACGUCGACGCGAGUUUCCGGAACGACGUGACGUUCGACGACGCGAGCUUCUCCGAGGAGGCGACGACGAUGCCCGCGCGAACUUAGCAGCAGCUCUUAUUUAUCCAGUCGUCUAUCUAUC